AUGUUCCUGAAAUACCCUUACUCGCUUCUGGGAUGCUAUUGCGAGCUCCUAAAAGCCUUCAAGUUCCCAGAACAAGGGUCGUUGCGACGGUCUUACAUCCGCACAUAUUGUGGUUGGUUCAGCAACUUCGCACUGGCCAAUCCCGUGUCUGAAUAUCAAACCCAGACACCCAAAAACGCUGAUGAGAUGCCUGGGAACAGCGCAAUCGAGUUCUAG